CAGGGGUCUCACACGUAGGACGUAACGAUUUCAUAGAUUUGGUCGAGGUAGAGAGAGCUCUCGCUCCUACUGGCAUUUCGCCGCGGCUGUCAAAGUGAAUGCAUGUGUACGGCGUCGCCAGCCGGCUUCAAGCUUUCGGCAAUGUUCUUAUCAGAAUGAUAUCGCAGCGGGACAACGGGGAUUUCGCUCGUUUUUAUACCGUCACGGAGCCCACGAAACACUCGAAAGGCUACACAGUUUACAAAGUGACCGCGCGGAUCAUUUCUAGGAAUAACACCGAAGACGUCCAAGAGAUAACGGUGUGGAAAAGGUACAGCGACUUUCGGAAACUUCACCACAACCUCUGGCAGCUGCACAAGACUGUUUGCAGCCAAUCGGAACUGUUUCCUCCCUUUGCCAAGGCCAAGGUCUUUGGUCGCUUUGAUGACUCCGUGAUUGAGGAGAGGAGACAGUGCUUGGAGGAUCUGCUGCAGUUCUCUGCCAACAUUCCCGCUCUGUACAGCAGCCAGCACAUCCGCGAGUUCUUUAAGGGCGGCGAGGUCCACGACGGCUCGGAGCUCAUCGGACCGUCCGAGCCUUUCUCCCAAUUUCUGGCUGGCGGUUUGGCGGACUGCAGCUCGGAUGUUCAACGAGACCGCAGCUGUGCCGAAGAUUUCACAAUCACGUCGGAGUAUGGCGGUAUGUUCCUUCUAUCCACACAUUUUCCAGGCCCGUCCGGUGACCGCAGCGACUUGAACUCCCUGGCCGUGGACACGGAGUCUCUGGCCGAGCUCGACGAUGGCGUGGCCUUGGGCCGCACUUCCCCGAAGCAGCCGCACGGGGGCGCCGCCAGCAGUAGCAGCAGCAGUAGCAGCAGUCCUCGCUUGCCCUCCCUGCACCGUCUCCGCCGCCCCCCGUCGCCCGCUUCCCUGGCCUCGAAGCCGGAGGUCCCUCGGCCUGGCCGCGCGUCGCUGUUCUCCAAGAAGGAGAAGCUGAAGGCCGACUACCUGGACAAAGCCAGCCAGCUGAUCUGCGUGGCUGCGCAGAAGGAGAAGGAUCAGGACUACCGGGCGGCGUUCUCCUUCUACCGCAGUGGAGUGGACCUGCUGCUGCAAGGUGUUCAAGGUGAGCCCAGCCCCACGCGGCGAGAGGCAGUCAAGAAAAAGACGGCCGAGUACCUGAUGCGAGCGGAGCAAAUAUCCAGUCGGCAUCUUUGCGCCAACAUGGGCCAGGCGCCUUCGCAGACGCUGGUGGUGGGGGCGCAGUGCUGCGCGUCCACCAGCAGAGGGAGCCAGCACAGUCUUUCCGAUGAUCUCGCCGCUUACCGGGUGGUGGGCGUCAUCGAUAAGGUUCUUUUGGUCAUGGACAAGAGAACAGGAGAGAUAUUCGUCAUGAAAGGUUUGAGGAAGAGCAGCGACUGCGGCCGGGCCAAGAAGAGCAUCACGCCUCGCUCGGUGCCGCACAUGGUGCAGCUCAAGAAACUCAUCGACUCGGAGGACACCGUCUUCUUGCUGCUGGGCCACGCCGAGGGCGGAAAGCUGUGGUCCCACAUUGGCAAGUACCUGCACACUUGCAACCCGGACGACAGCUUCGACAUUCCUUUUAUCCAGAAGAGCCAUACGGCCGCCGUACACUCGCCGCAGUCGGCUGCGCCGCGCCCGGCUGAGGAUUCGUCUUUGCCGCUCGCCGCGUGCGCUUCCGAUUCUGCGGCGCAGGCAAACAAGCAAGUCGGCGAGCCGGCUGCCUCUCCUCGUAAAAGCGGCCUCUUUGCCAGGCUUCGCCAAAAAGUGGCGGCCCACCCAGACUCUGGCGCAACGUCCGAGGAGGAGUGCACCAAUAGCUACCUAACGCUUUGCAACGAGUACGAGCAGGAGAAAGUGGAGCCGGACGCUCUGGAGGUGGACGACGACAACGCGACGAGCGAGCGGGAAGUGUCGUUUGACGUGGCCAGCGGGACGGCCAGCGCCUCCUCGCGCAGCCGCUCGUUGCUCGGCAACGACAGCCCGCCGUUGUCCCUCGGCUGUCCGGAGCCGGGCGACCCCGUAGGCCCACCGCCUUCCUCGGACGGGUUGCCGUCUCUGGAAGGGUCCAAACGCACGCCCAUGGAGUUUUUCCGCAUCGACAGCAAAGACAGCGCGAGCGAGGUGACCUGCCAAGACUACGGGGAGCGGGCCCAGCAGCGGGCCCAGCAGCAGGCCCAGCAGCAGGCCCAGCAGCAGGCCCAGCAGCAGGCCCAGCAGCAGGCCCAGCAACAGGUCCAGCAACAGGUCCAGCUGCCCCCCUCCUCCCAUGAAGAGCACCCCGUGGUGGAGAACCUUCAAGAGCUGGCUCUGGAGGUCAAGCGCCACAGUACUCAGCUACGGGGCUUAGAUUAUGGCGAUAAAGACUCCAACGAGUCAGUGCCGGUUAUUUCUUUUGAAGAGGCGGCCGCGGAGGAUGAGGCUCAUCCGCCGGACCUCUUGGUCAAUCUCCCCGUCGUGAGCGAGCCCGCCGACUCUCAACGAGAGCCAUCGGAGACUUCGGCGCCGCGUCCGGGCCUGGAGGCGGCCGCCUCCCCUCAAAGGUCAAGCAAGCCGGAUGUUUUACAACUCCCCGAGGAAGAGGAAGGGCAGCAGGCAAAACCUGACCCCGGUGUCGCGUCUUCAUCCCUCUUGACCUGCCUCUGGGAUGACUACAGCUUGACUUUUGGACAAAAGCAGCCAGAAGAAAUGCCGGCUGAGGCCUCAAAUAACGACUCUUUGCUCGACGCCGGCCUCGGUGACAAAGCGAUACAGGGCCGUGCCGUCGCGGACGUCCAACCUCCUCGGGCCCGUGAGAAAUCACCACAUGGCCGCGCGCAGCCGUCGGCGGUUACGCCCGACGAAGUCGAGUUCCACCAAGAAGUAUCGCGGCUGUUUGCCGAGCUGGACGAGUUGUCGCUGGCCGCGUCGCAGGCUCGAAUUCCGGAGGCCUACGUCUGUCGCUGGGCCGUGGAGCUGCUGACGGCGUUGGAUUGUCUGCACCGCGAGGGCAUCAUCUGCCGGGACCUCAAUCCCAACAACAUCCUCCUCGAUCGGCAAGGUCAUGUUCAGCUGACUUACUUCUGCAGCUGGGCUGAUGUGGAGGAGUCGUGCGACAAAGAGGCCAGCGCAAACAUGUAUUGCGCGCCAGAGGUGGGCGGCACCGGCGAGGAGACGGCCGCGUGCGAUUGGUGGAGUUUGGGCGCCAUCCUCUUUGAGCUGCUGACGAGCACGUCGCUGCUGCAGUGCCAUCCGGCGGGAAUCGGACGCCACACGGCACUCAACAUCCCAGAGUCUGUGUCGGAGGAAGCCAGAUCGCUGCUGGAACAGUUGCUGCAGUACAACCCCAGCCAGCGGCUGGGCGCCGGAGUGGCCGGCGUGGACGACAUCAAAGCGCACCCCUUCUUUGCCAAAGUGGACUGGAGCAAGUAGAUGCCGCUGGCCCCAUUUGCGUGGUGUCAUUCUUACACUGCAGGUAGAUACAAGAGAAAGGAGAAAAAUCCCUUCCUUCUCCUGUACACUUCCCAAAGCCAGAGGCGCUCGCUAACAGCCCAAACUGGACGGGACCGCGCCCUUCUCUUUUUCAUAUCCAUGUCGGUCGGGGCCUGUACUAUGCAAGUUAAGGAGCAAAACCGGGCCCAGUUAAAAGGGGCCGCCAUUCUGCCUCACAAUCAAGAAAGUCGACAGUUUUGGCAAAAACAACUCCUUUGACGUCACAAAGCGCAAGAUAACCAACCCAUUCUGUGUACAUAGUCAAGUUUGACAUUGAAACGACUUUGUGGUGAUGUCAUUGGUGCACGUUGAAAGCCAGAGCUGUCGCAGGCAGCGACAAUGUUGUCUUUCUUUCUUUCUUUCUUUUUCUUCCUUCCUGUCUGUACCCUAGCCCUGCGCACACUCCACAGCCACGCAAACAACAAUAAACGCACCUGACAGACA